AUGCAUGGACAGAGUCCAGCAGUGAUGAAUCAACUUCAUUCCUGCAUGAAGAGUAAAGCUGAGGACGCUGGCUGCAACGACGAGGACGGCGAACGAUUGCGACCACCUCUGACAAACAAGCGACGCAUGGAUUUCGGCCAAUUGUGCGUUCGGCUGAAGCAAACUGCCUAUAUCGAAGGGCUUAAGUCAAAUAAUUAUAAGAGCCUACCGAGGCUUACUCUUGUCAAAACCAAGGUGUUGAGAAAGAGUAAAUUUGACAUGAGCAGAGGAAAUUUGCUUAUUCUACUACUUGGUGUUUCCACGCUUCUGUCAGCUACCGAAUUUCACAUUCACCAUAGUAUAUUGAAUUGGCAACAACCGAGAACUGUCGCAGGAACCUUAGUGAAGAAGAAGAAGAGGAAAAAGAAGAAAAAGAAAAAGAAGAAGAAAAAGAAGAGGAGGGUCGUUCUCGAGAGGGACGUGUCCCAUCGCCAUGCUCCACUCUGUUCGCAAGUUAGUGUAUAG